AUGGAAACCGAAUCCUGUAUUUUAAGUAGCUACCCGAAAAAAGAAUAACAAAGAAGGUACAUGAAGUAGCCCUGAAUCCAACAAUCCCCUUUUAUCUCAGUGGACCCAUGACCUGUGGUUCUCUCAAUUCCCCACCCACCUACGUUAAAUGUAACCCAGAAUCCAAAAACUCUCUCUCUCUCUCUCUCUCUCUCUCUCUCUCUCUGUGCAAAAAGAGCCUUUUGGGUUGCUACGUUGCAGUGAGAGCGAAAUGGGUUGGGGUUGGUGGGUACAGAGGCAAUGCAGAUGGGCUCCUCCCCCUCCUUCUCCUUCACAUUCUUUUCACUGGAAGCUGGCUCUUCUGACCUUGAUGGCAUGGGGUGCCGAAGCAGCCCGGGGAGGCAGCAACAGAGACCCCCCGAGGUGUGAUGUGUUCCAGGGGAGCUGGGUGGCGGACCCGUCCUACCCUCUCUACGACCCCUCCGUCUGCCCCUUCAUCGAGCGCGAGUUCGCCUGCCUCCGGAACGGCCGCCCCGACGUCGCCUUCGCCAAGUACCGGUGGCAGCCCCUCGGCGGCGGCUGCUCCCUGUCCAGGUUCAAUGGACAUGACUUUCUAGAGAGGAUGAGGGGGAAGACAAUCAUGUUCGUGGGGGAUUCACUCAGUCGUAAUCAGUGGCAGUCGCUGACAUGCAUGCUUCACUCAGCAGUGCCCAACGCCAAGUACAACAUCACGAGACAAGACGACAUCUCCACUUUUGCCAUCCCAGACUAUGGGGUUAAAGUGAUGCUCGAUCGCAAUGUGUACCUAGUGGAUGUGGUGCGCGAACCGAUCGGACGGGUCUUGAAGCUCGACUCGAUCCAAGGAGGCAAGCUGUGGAUGGGGAUUGAUAUGCUCAUCUUCAAUACCUGGCACUGGUGGAACCGCCGAGGGCUGACUCAACCGUGGGAUUAUAUACAAGAUGGAAAGCAGAUUUACAAAGACAUGGAUCGUAUGGUCGCUUUCGAGAAGGCGCUGACGACGUGGGCUGGGUGGGUCGACGCCAACAUCGACCCAGCCAAGUCUAAAGUUUUCUUCCAAGGAAUCUCUCCCUCUCAUUACAACGGCACUCAAUGGAAUGAACCGAGCGCGAAGAGUUGCGUGGGCCAGAAGCAGCCCAUGCCUGGGUCGACUUAUCCAGGGGGGCCGCCGCCAGCCGUGGCGGUCUUGAAGGGUGUGCUGAGCAAGAUCAAGAAGCCUGUGGUGUUACUGGACAUUACAAAUUUGUCGCUGCUACGUAAAGAUGGACAUCCUUCUAUGUAUGGCCUCGGUGGGAGAACGGCGAUGGAUUGUAGCCAUUGGUGCUUAUCAGGCGUUCCAGAUACUUGGAACGAGAUUCUUUACAAUCUCAUUCUUUAACAAACAUGGGCUCAAUUUUGGGUCCCAUUCAUAGUGAGAAAUUUGAAUUAGGAGAUAAUAAAGCAAUGGAUUUUGUUGGAUUGGUUGCCUCUUUGUGUUGCGUAACCAAAGUGACAUGUGGAAAUCUCGUUUUCUUUUUGUUCAUUUCUCUCCUGAUGAAA